ACACACACACACAACACACACACACACACACACACACACACACGCACACACACACAUUAUUAAUACAGCAAGUGUGUGCUCUGACAGAACAAAUCAGAUGUUUUCAUUGAUGACACAUUAAAUAUUCAACGUCAUUUAAUUAUUCAAACAUAUUUUGUGUGAAUGUUGAACUUUAUUUAAUUUCCUGGCUGGUUCUGAUCCUCCAGUCGUCUCCUCAGUUUCACUUUCAUCAAACUGUGAGGACUCAUCAACACACACUUAUGAUAAAACCAAGUGAAUCUUUCAUCACAAACACUGCAGCUGAACGGUUUCUCCCAUGUGAAGUCUUGUGUGUUUGUAGGUUCACACCAUGAAAAACAUUUCAUCCAAACGGAGCAGUACAGUUAGUUACAAACGUACAGUUUCUCUCCUCUUUUCCCACAAACUGACCAACUAUACGGUUUCUCUCCUGUGUGGAUGUUCAUGUGUCCUUAGAUUUUAGUUAAAUCGUUCACCACACUCAGAGCAGUGAAAUGGUUUCUGACCAGUAUAACAUUCAUUAUUUUUAAUGUGACUGAGGUUUCUCUGACUGAGACUACUAACUUCAGUCUCUGGUUUAUAAGAGUUUGAAGUCUUGUCAUCAGAAGUUGGUUUUAAAUGUCUAUUUGGAUCUGGGUUCCUGCCUGGUCCUGGUCCUCCACAGUCCUCUCCUCCCACUAAGUCUCUGUUCUCCUCAGUCUGACUCUGAUGAAGCUGUGAGGACUGAGGUUUCUCUCCAUCAUCAUCAUCAUCUUCACUCUUCACAGGGACAGGAGUGAAUGUGAACUUGGUGAUAUCAGCCUCCUCCAGUCCUUGAAGCUGCUCUCCCUCCUGACUGGUCCAGAGUUCCUCCUGUUCCUCUUUAAUGUGAGGGGGCUCUGGGUCCUCCUGGUCCUCCUGGUCCAGACUGGAGCUCCACUCCUGCUGCUCCUCUUUAUUCAGCGGCUGGACGUCUGCAGGACAGAGUGAAACACAGACACACACACUGUGGAAAACUGAUUUCAUGCUAACUAUGGGUGUAACAGUGUGUGUAUUCAUCUCUGUUCAGCACAGGAAGCUCAGCUGAGGAGCAGCUACCUUCUGUUGGACACUGUGUGAACAAAAUAAUUACUGUGGAUUUAGCUGAAUACAGUCUAUUUAAGUCAUUUUCACUGUAUACUAGAUGUCAAAUGUUUCAUGGUUACAUCUUUUCAAGUUUUUAAAUUACUUUUUUAAUUAUCUAAUUUUAUUAGUUAUUAUCAGAGUAAUUCUUUCAACUUUCACACUGAAGGUAAAGCUGUUAGAAAGGGUGACUUUUUGUUUGUAGUCUGGCGGGGGCAGGGAGGAGGGGCUGCUGCUGCUGCUGCUGCUGCUGCUGCUGCUGCUGCUGCCGCCGUCUGACGGAGCAGGAGGAGCGGCUGGAGGAGGAGGAGGACACGGCUGGAGACAGACCGCAGCUCGGAUCACAGCUGUGUGAACAUGUCUAAAGUCCAGAUGCUGAGAGCUCUGGUGAAGCAGCGACUGACCGCGGCUGCUGAAGAGAUCUUUGUUCUGUUUGAAAGAACCAUAGCGGAGUACGAGGAGGAGAUCGACCGCCACCGCAGCCUGCAGGAGCUUCAGGUGAAGCCGGAGAUCAACACCGCAGACGUCCAGCAGCUGUUGGUGUGUAAAGAAGAGCAGCAGGAGUGGAGCUCCAGUCUGGACCAGGAGGACCCAGAGCCCCCUCACAUUAAAGAGGAACAGGAGGACUGGACCAGUCAGGAGGGAGAGCAGCUUCAAGGACCGGAGGAGGCUGAUAUCACCAAGUUCACAUUCACUCCUGUUCCUGUGAAGAGUGAAGACCAUGGAGGGGACUGUGGAGAAUUAGAACCAACCAGGAACUUUGACCCAGAUUGUCAUUUAGGACCAGUCAGGGAUGAAAAGGCUUCAGAUUCUAUUGAACCUGCAGCAAAAGUCAGUGUUGAUUGGAAGAAAACCAGGAGAAGUCAGUCAGGUUUAAACACUGUGAAAAAUAAUGAACGUUAUACUGGAGAGAAAUUUCACUGCUCAGAGUGUGGUAAAGGAUUUAGUCAAAACUCAAAUUUGAAGACACACAUGAGAAUUCACACAGGAGAGAAACCGUUUAGUUGUUCAGUGUGUGGUAAAAGAUUUAUACAAAAGGUGCAUCUGACUUACCACAUGGCUCGUCACACAGGGGAGAAACUGUUCAGCUGCCGUGUUUGUGACAAAAGAUUCAACUGGCUUUAUCAGCUCAAAAACCACAAGUGUGUUGCUGAGUCCUCACAGCUUCGGGCAGAGCCUCCAACCAGCAGCUCAACUGAACACAUGGAAACUGAAGCUGAUGGAGAGGACUGUGACAGACCAGGACCAGACAGGAACUCAGAUCCAGACAGACAUUUACAGCCGGAUACUGUUGUCAAGGCUUCAAAUCGUCCUGCACCUGAAACUGUAGUCGCUAAAAGUGAUAAUGGAUUAAAUAAUGGCAAGAAACCAUUUACUUGCUCUGAGUACGGUAAAACGUUUGGCCGCAAGACACAUCUACGGGAACACCUUAGCUGUCACACAGGAGAGAAACCGUUCAGCUGUUCAGUUUGCCAGAAAUGUUAUUCCUGGAGACGACAGUUACAGAGACACAUGAGAACCCACACAGGAGAGAAAAGACUGAGCUGCAGUGUUUGUGACAAAAUGUUCAGUUGGCCUUAUCAGCUCAAACUCCAUCAGUGCGUUGGCGAGUCCUCACAGCUUCAUCAAACACAGCCUCAGUCCGCUGUGAACUCCCCAAAGACUAAUGAAGUCCCUGUGAGUGAUACGGGACGCAACACAAAGAAACAGUUUCCCUGCUCUCGCUGUGGUAAAGUAUUUGGCUACAAAGACUCUCUGCUGAGACACAUCAGGUGUCACACAGGGGAGAAACCAUUUAGUUGUCCAAUUUGUGGUAGACAAUUUAGAGAAAGAGGAAAUAUGGGACAACAUAUGGUCAUUCACACAGGGGAGAAACGGUUCAGUUGCAGUGUAUGUGACCAAAGAUUCAGUUGGCGUAAGCAGCUCAAAAAACACAAGUGUGAUGGUGAGAGCAGCAGCAGCAAUAAAUCAACCUAAUUGAAUGGCGUAUGCAUGAUUGUGUCCACAUCUGGCCCCUGGCCUCUUAAACCCCACUGCUGUGUCCUCAGAAGCUGCACCUCAGGCUCAGCCCAAACCAGCUGUGUCCUGUAGACUACUCCUAAAUGCCACUAGAGGUCAUUGUAAUUGGGGUUUAACUCAAAUCCGCUGCACACCUGGAUCAGUAUUUAACAGACGUCAGAACGUUCUAAAGAGCAAUUUAGCAAUAUAAAUGUUUUCAGUUGAGUGUGAAUAAUAAGACUCAUUUACAAGGGUCUCCCUUCUAUUGACAGAGAAGUGUAAACGUCACCUUUAACAGAGGCCCUUCUUUUCUUUUACAAGUCUCUUAUAAAACCAUACUGUCAUAUGUAAAGUGAAAGGAUUAGUGGUUGCUUUAUUUUUCUCCUGUUCAUACUCGCUAUUAAUAGAUCCCUUCUGAAUGGACUUCUGCUUUAAUGACGAGGGACAAAAAUCCAAAAUAUCCAAAAUCCAGAUUUUUUUCAUUUAAGUUGUUGUUCUGUGCACUUAUGUGGUGCUUUUUUUUUUUUUAAACUUAUUUAAUUUGUGAGAAAUCUUUAAAUGAAAAUGAAAAAUAUCCUAACCCUCCUGCAAACUGUCUUACUUACUGCUAUAGUUAUUUAAAGGAGCCAUUUCUAAGUUUUUCAAUUGCUACAUAGCUAACGUUAGCAUUAACAGCUGUUUACUUACGAGUCUUACCAAGAGCUUCGUUGUGUUUACAAUACCAGAGGUUAUAAUGCGUCCUCCUAGCAGCUACUUGUGACUCGACAUCAUAAAGUGUCCCGAUCAGGUCGGGGCUAGCUAGUUAGCAUGUUCACUUCAUCAGAAGAAAAUAGAUGAUAGUUAACAUUGAUGUUGCUUUCCCUGAUGAUGAUACAGGCUUAACCUCCUCUCCUAACACCUCUAACACCCUAACAUGUCCACCUAGCACUUACUAUGCACUUUCAGUGAACUUCUUUACCUGAUCUCCUUCACUUAUGAAAUAGAUGUAGUACUUGUACUUACACCAAAGUCUCCUACUGCACUGAAGCUUUAGUGAUGUCCCUCACUUGUAAGCUUUUUUGGAUGAAAGCAUCUGACAAAUGAGAAAAUGAUCAUUUAUUAUUCUCGAGGUGCUGCCAAAUCUGUUCAAAACAUAACAACAGGUACACUCACAGCCAAAACGCACUCGUCACUCUUUCCACUGUUCCCCUUUAAAAACACCAUCAACAGGCAGCUUCACAAUAUGGUCUUCCCUAAUGUUUUUAGUGUGUCUUUUCUUUAUUGUUUGUGUUCAUUGUUUAUUUAUUUAGCAAAAGACACAAUUACCAUUAUAAUAAAAAGAAGAGUGUUUCUUUAUUGUAUGUAUUUACAUGUUUUUGCCAUUUUAAGAGUUUGUUGCAAGUGGUUAUUUGGCAUUUACUUUUACUUUUUGUGUCUAUUUCUAGUCAUUUUUUGUCUGGUAAUACUUGUUUUAUAUCUUUAUGUUUCUUUGAGGUCAUUUGAUGGACUUUCCAGUAACAAAUAUUUGUUUUUUUCCAACCAGUAACACACUUUUCUCUACACUGAGUUCACUUUUUCUUUACUAUGGAAGUCCAUAUCUGCCACUGUGGUGAAAAAAAAGAUCCUGUAAAUCAUUAUAAUGAGAAACUUUCUUGAUUAAUGAGAAAACUUAGGCCAAUCGUCACAAAGUCAUGUGCGCUAAUUAGCUUUAUGUAACUGCUAUCAGCAUGCACGGUGGUGAAGCGCUGAUGCGGACCGUAGACUGGACGUCUCAUUUCAGUUCGGCCUUCACGGCCUAUGACAGCCACAAAGGGCCACACCUUCAUUGACAGCGUCCUCCAAAAGACGCAGCCCCUGAAUGGGGACACAGAUUUUUUGUCCCUGUAAGAACUCCAUGUACAACACAGUAAAAACUCUGACAUGCUUUAGAUGGAGCCUGUUCAAUGUUCAAUAUGUCGAGCCAAGCGGCCAGCAGUUUGUUUCUUGCACAAUGUGUCAGAACAACAAACGUGGAAACGAGCCAAACACAAAGCUGUCACUAACACUAACAGUUGUUAAUUCAUUUCCACUGCUGUAAAAUCAUCAUCAUGAUCACUAUUAUCAGACUACUUUUUCCUUUUUCCCAGUAGCAGAGGAGCAGAACUCACAAAAACGUUUAUGUUUUUUGGAAAAAAAAAAAAAAAAAAAACUUUUCAAAGGAAAUUGCAACAUGGAGUCUCUGAUAUUGAGAAAGCAAUAACUAAUAAACAGAAAUAAAGAGUUAGUAAUUGCUCUAUAUGUUGCUGGGACUAGUGGAAGCAUGAGAGUUAACAUUAAAGGGCCGUUGCACUGAAGAAGGAAUGAUCAACACCUGAAUGUAAAAGUCAUUAAACUGACCGUCCAGUGAAUUCUAUUCCUCAUGGAAACAUCUGCAGUUGUGUUCACAUCGUCUGUAUUUGUUACCCAUCUGUAUAUAGAUAAGUUCUUUACCUGCAGUAGAAGAAAAAAUCCUGUGAGCCAGAUGUUUCUAAGCGCACCACUUGACCAGCAGCUGUAUCUGUCACCACAGUGUCGUCUGCACACUGGAUAAUGUCUCUGGAUCACCUGUGUUAACAGGCUCCUGAGACAAUGUUAGCUCACGUACAGUAAACCCAAACAUUUCCAGGUCUUUGCUGUACACCAGAUGGAUUCAGAGUUUGAUGAGCUCGAUGAGGCCACAGUGAGUGGAAACACAAGAGAUGAGGAGGCAGGGGUCAAGGCUGUUCUCAGGACAGACUGAUGGACAGAUAUCAGCAGAAACUGUGGUCUGGAGGCCAUGAGCAGGUUCAGGUGAAGUUCCUGAGACUGAGGACUCGGGGUGGAGCAGUGGACUAAUGAGCAGUUUGUUUACAGAGGGUUUUGCUCACAAAGUGAUUCAAAAAAUAUUGACACUAGUCAGGAGAAGCUUCAGUGUGCUAACAAGAGCAGGGAUCAUCUGAUGGACAUGGUCCAGUGUUGGAAGCUCUUUCCACUGAUGUUCAGGAGCAGAGGAGACACAGAUUUAUGUUUCUUUGUUUUUGUUUUUAUUCAGAAUAAACUCUUUUGGUAUGUGCAGAUCGGAUGAACUGCAGCUUCUGUGGUUUGAGGUGAAGAGUCUUUGGUCUGGCAGCUGCUGAUGGAGUUUGAAGGCAGUUAAAUUUCUAUGCUGAGCAGAGACAUGAGACUUGGAGGGAGAUGCAAAGCAACAAUAAUACUGUGAGGCCGUGGUCCAGUUAACCAGGACAAAAUAGGUGCAGUGGAAACACCGGGACAACUUCUCAGGUGUAUCCUGCUGGAUCUAAGCUCAGGCAGAGUUUUAUCAUUGUGUCAGCAGGAUAAAGGGACAGCAGCAGAAAAACAUUUCACAUGGGAGGCUUUAACAUGCUGACAGGAGGGAGACACCAAGCAAAGAUUAGGGUUACAUCGGUCAAACUAGGUCUGCAGGUGCAGUGGAGACAGUGGAGACAUUUUCUUGAACACUAAAGAACAUUGAGGACAGGAAAUCGUAGCGAGCCAUUUCAACACACUUCUUGUGGUGGUGUCAUCUCAGAGAUCUGGCCAGAAGACAUGUGGUGAAACUGGUGGUGGACACGAGCACUGGAAGAAGCCUUGAGGUUGAAGAGGCGAGUGUUACGGUUUGAGAGGAGUUCGAUGAGGCAGUGAGGAGCUUCUAGAUUCAUUAGAGGAUGGUGACAAGGAGGCAGCGCUUUGUUCUGACUAUUCAGACUGACACGUGUAUCAGGAGCACAACUGAGGAGUGUUAGGUGGGGCUUUUUCCACACCUGGAGCGCCUGACCUCGACUGCAGAAUUUUUGGGUGGAGGAAGGAAACUUUUAAAACAGAUAAUCUGUAGAGGAUGGCGCGGGAAAGGCUUUUCAAACAGCAAAUAUGAUAAUUAAACAUUCCUGAUGCAAACGACCUCUUGUGAUGAGGUACUGUCCUUCAUCGUUUGUAUGUAGCAACCACCUGCCGACAGUAACCACCUGAAACACCCUAGCAGCUGAAAGGUGACUUCUGCAUCGUCCACAUGUGCAGGAUAGCAUUAAGAGUUCAGUGAAUUAGAUGAAUUCACAACCAGAACCACAAAUCCUCUUAGGGAGGAGGUUGGGAUGUGAUGGAGUUCAGGUGUGCACAGCAUCGGACUGAUACCACAGGGAUUGUGUUCUCCUCCUGACCUUUCACUAACCUUAACCACUAACCUUAACCUCAUACCUUGACCAUUAACCAUUACUUUCUGAAUAUUAUUACUAAUGAUCUAUUUUGAUGUGUAUAAUGACUUGUUGGUCAAAUGCUACUGAUAAAGAUGCAAUAUUUAAUUUUUUCUCAAGUUUUUUCCAGGGCCAGCAGACCCUGAAGAAGGUGCACCAGAGGGCAGUGAUGAGGUGUCUCUCCUAGUCCCAGGUAUCAAUAAGCUGCCACCACUCAAGGUCAUCAUCAUCUUCAUCGUCAUUCAGCUCUGUAGGAUUUCACCUAAGUCUGCUGUAAAAUCAAGUCUUGCAUUCUUUUGCAAGAACAUGCGGCAUAUCGUUGUGCAAUGUGCCUGCUCACAAUGCCGACGAGGCCAGGUAGUUGUGUCUGUGUCUAAUAAACAUUAAAUAAUC